ACCCUUUGGAUUCCCCCAAUAAGUGUCGUGCACCUGGUAAAAAUGGGCAUGAAAUAGAACUUUUGUUCCCCUCAGUGCUUCGGUCGCCUAAAAACGGGGGCAAAAUCGGAGAAAUUGGACAUUUUGUUCAAUUCCGGCAUAAAAGGGUAACUCGGAAAAAAUGUGACUUCUUGUGAGCCAAAUCGGGGCGCAUAAACUGAAUGGAGACGUCUGGUCACUCUAUUGAAGUUCGGUAAUCAAAACAGUCGUCGUAUUUAUUAAGGAUUCUGAGGCUGCAUGAAAAGACGUUACAGCACAACCAGAGGUACACGGGCGUCUGAAAACGCAUCAUCAGCAACAAUAGAUUGUUGAACACGCUAAAACUGGUGGCAAUUGUAUUGCCAACUAUUCAAUCUGUAGUACUGCUUUGCCAAGUACAGCCUCACAUACUACAACAAACUACUGAAGCUAAAUUCCAGCGUACACUGUUACGGAGUAAUUCUAAACUCUACGAAACGUUAGCAUAAAAGAAGAAGCCUGCAAGUAACCAUUCGUCAUCUGCUUAUCUAAGUCCUUUUGCUGUCGAUGGUGCUCAGGCAGCGCGUUCAGACCCGCUUGAGAGCGAACACUUCCGGGUUAGUAACUGCAGAGGUUUUCGUGUGACUGCCUGUCAGAUCAGCGCGAGCAUCAGUAGUUGCAGUAGCGACGCCGGCACAGGCUAAAGAAGGCGAGAAGCAGAUCCAGUAUUACAAAAAAAAUGUCUUCUGAGCUAGCAACAAAUAUUAAUAUUAGAGAACCACGUUGGGAUCAAGGCACAUUUUCUGGAAGAGCAAAACACUUUUUCACUGUUACUGAUCCUAGAAAUGUCCUCUUGUCCAAUGAACAGCUAGAGAGUGCCAGAAAAAUAAUCCAUGACUACAGGCAAGGUGUUGUGUCUCCUGGCCUCACAGAAGAUGAGCUAUGGAGAGCCAAGUAUAUCUUCGACUCUGCAUUCCACCCAGACACGGGAGAAAAGAUGAUCCUAAUCGGCCGGAUGUCUGCACAGGUGCCUAUGAAUAUGACCAUUACAGGGUGCAUGAUGACCUUCUACAAGACAACUCCAGCUGUUGUCUUCUGGCAGUGGAUUAAUCAGUCCUUUAAUGCAAUAGUCAAUUACACAAAUAGAAGUGGAGAUGCACCAAUCACUAUCAGUCAGCUUGGUACAGCCUAUGUAUCUGCGACCACGGGUGCCGUUGCUACAGCUUUAGGACUAAAUGCACUAACCAAGCAUGUUUCUCCACUGAUAGGGCGGCUUGUUCCGUUUGCUGCUGUGGCAGCUGCUAACUGCAUCAAUAUACCACUUAUGAGGCAGCGGGAACUGAAAUUUGGCAUUCCUAUAACGGAUGAAAAUGAUAACCGAUUAGGAGAGUCGUCAAAGGCAGCUCAGCAAGCAAUUACACAGGUAGUUGUUUCCAGGAUUCUUAUGGCAGCACCUGGCAUGGCCAUCCCACCUUUCAUUAUGAACACUUUGGAAAAGAGAGCUUUUUUAAAGAGAUUCCCUUGGAUGAGUGCUCCAAUUCAAGUUGGGCUUGUUGGAUUUUGUUUGGUAUUUGCAACUCCUUUGUGCUGUGCAUUGUUCCCACAAAAAAGCUCAAUGUCUGUUAGUCGUCUGGAGCCUGAAUUGCAGGCAAAAAUACGGGAAACAAAUCCUGGCAUAGAACGAGUUUACUUCAACAAAGGACUCUAAAUCAACAAGCUCUCUUCUCUCUAUGAACAUGCAAAAGAGCACAGUUUGUUCAACAUUUUAUGUUUUUGUGCCAAAGUUUUAAUAUUUCCACAAUUUUUUCCUUAUAUAUCUUAAUGGUUUUAAAUUACUUUUAACAUAUCAGUUUUUUAACUGGUUCAGAACUCCCAGUGAUAAACAGCUGCUCAUUCAUUCUUUUAGAGUCAGUAUUUUGCUGGUACAUUGUUUCCUGAUUUUACUGCCUAAAAUUAUUUUCAAAUGUUAAUGAAAUGGGGAAUUCAUCGUCAUAAAAUGACACAUUUUGUUUGACAGUUCUAUUCUAAAAGUAAAAGUUUAUGAAAAGAUUCAGUGAUUAAAGAAAAAUAACCUUGCUGAUUUUUAUAUAUAAUUUUAAAGAUGGUGAAUUAAGGGAAUGCACCAGUUCUUUAUGUGCAGUUGUGAUUUUGUAUGGUAUUGAUAAAAGAAUUGCAGUCCACUAAUGCAGUAUAAGUUUAAUUCUGCUAAGAAAUGCAGUAGGUGGUGCAGAUUUAUAUGUCUUGUACAAACUUCUUAAAUUCUUUUGCCGUUUGUGAGAGUGCAAAUAGACAAAAGGUGCCAAUUAACCUACAGUAACUUUUGCUUUUAUAUACACACUCUUUUUAUUGGGUCACUUAGUUAAAAAUACACAUUUUAAUCUAAAAUUCAUUUUGGAUUUCUUCAAUAGCAAAUGCUAUUGCUUUAGGUACAUGGUUUUUACUUUUUGUGCCAUUGUAAUGUAUUAGAUAUGGUAGAGCUAAUCCACAACAUUCUGAAUCUGCUGCUAUUCCUGAAUCACUGGAAUCAAUGUGAUGUGCCAUUCCAAAAUUGAUAACCAUGUUUUGUUUUGUCCAACAGGUAGCAAUCUUAUAAACUCCAAAACUUGUUUGUGGACAAAAAUAGUAUUUUGCCAAAAUCAUGUAUUUUUUCUUGUACUGUAUGUCAAAAUGAAACACAUAUAUGCCUUUUGUAUUUGUCAUGUACAUACUAGUCCAUACUAGUCUCCAUAUUUUUGUUACAAUGGCCAGAAAUGGAAGCUUAGACUAUUGUUGAAAUAGAAAUAGUCACAGUGCAAGAUUUUAGUUCCACGGUAGGAUUGACUUUACUUUAUAGAAACUAGCAGAACUGAAAACAAUAGGAGUUUUAAUUAGAGUCCCUACACCAGAUGAAAGAAAGGCAACUUAUGAUUUGCUUCUUCUGGAUAUUUUAAGUACAAUUUUGUUCAAAGUUGAUUUCAUAUUUAGUACUGUGCAAAGUUAUCAUAAUUAGAGCCAAGAUUGUUUUUAAUCGAAGCUGUGGCUAACAUAAAUUUAAAAAAAAUUUACAGAGAUGUUCAUAUCUUUGUCAAAGCACAGGGUGAUUUUGAAUUUAUAAUGCACAUUCCUCUUAUCAAAAGAAAAAACAAGGUGAAAAUCUGUAGAGUGGAUAAGGCAUGAGUUGAUAUAUGUAGGUAGAUGGAUGAACUUUAUAGGAAAAAAGAAAACAUUAUUUGUAUGAACGUUGUAUGUUUCAAGUAAAGAGACAAAAAUAUUGUGUUUGUGGAAAAGCAUGACCCGCCAGUACCCCCUGGAAAUGUGAUCAAAAGGCAAACAUUAUGGUUAAUAAUUUUAUUUAUUUAAUUACAAAAGGAACAAACUAGAGUGCAUCUCCAUUGCAGUUUCACUCAGAUAAGGUAUCUGCCGUUGUCAUUAGCAGUGUAUGAGACUGUUUCUCUUUGGUGUGAUGUUCACAAUCAUAUAGUUUUUAAAUUUGUUACAGACCUGAAAUUAUGUACUGUAUCAGACUCUACGCACCAGCAAAAUGAUGCUUAGAAAGCUGUACUGCUUCCUAUUGUCCUUCUUCAUAGUGAAUCAUGACAAUGCAAGAUUCUGCUGAUUAUGACAUGCCAACCUAUCUGUGAUUUAAAUAACACGGUGCUGGUUUUUAUGUGAACAGCACAAAAUGUCAACCUCCAUAUGUCACGUGCAAGCUGGACUGGUGGAGGUUCUGCUAGUCCACAGCUGCCUGUAGAUGACGUUUUUCUACACUCUGGUAAGUCUGUAGAGAAAUGUAUAUCAGAGUUUUGGAUGACUUUGAAUUAGCAAAAUUCAAAUGACACUUUUAGAAAUGUGUUGUUUAUGCAGUCUGUUUUUAUAAAACGAUUUUAAGUCAAAUUACAAUAAGAGGUACAGGCACAAAUUCAUACAUAUGCUGUUUAUAUGCAAUAUGUUUUUAGACCUAUACAAAAUAGAUUUUAUUUGAAUUCUUUUAUAGAAUUUUUUUUUUUAAGCGAACAGAUUACUUUCACUUUUGGUGUAAUGCGCCUACGAUACUAAUUCUAAAAACUCUUCACUGAUAAAUGACUUUUAAAUAUGUGUGUGUGUGUGUGUGAAGUCCACACAAUAACCUAUAAAGAACUUUUAAAUGAGUAUGUGUGCAUAACCUAUUUUCUUACCCUACCAGUGGUGUUAAAACCAAAUGCAUUUGUGUUUGUAACACAGUACUGUGCAUUGUCACAUAUCAAACAGACAUGGGUUUCUGGGUUGGGGUAUCAGCCCAGCAAACUUAAAUUUAAUUUUGACAAAAACAAAAAACAAAAGGUUUCAACACAAAAAUUAGCAGUCACCUCCACGUCGUCUAUGGCUUCCAAAUUUAGUUGCAGAAGUAAGUAGAGUUCUGUCUCUGUCUCAUGCAGGUCCUAUAAUGAACACCCAUGUACAGUCUGCGGACUGAAUAAACUGCACUCAUUCCAGAAGGGGUGGGGCUUCCAGAGCCCUUCAGAGCAUAGGCAGGGAUCCUUUGAUGCUUCACCUUCAGAGCCGAGAAGGAACAGGAAAAGGUAGUUAGCAACAGUGCCCACUCUUGUCCUGGUUUGGAAUUCCUUACCUCAGCAGAGCCUUGAAGAUGCUUCCUAAGCGCAUAUGUGUGGUAACAUGUUCAUUCAUUUGAAAUAAGAUAGGGCUUUUUUCCUCCAUAUAAUUUAAGUUUUGAUGCCCUGUCUGCUGCUCUGGUGCUUGUCAGUUACUAAGGUUAUAGAAAAAAAAAUGUUAUUCAGAAGUGGUUUAUUUGUCUUGUAUUACCUCAGUGUCAAUUAAAACUUGUAUGUUUUGGAUGGGAUGGGCAUACAAGAACAAAGAAAAAUCAUCUUUUUUUACAUAAGACUGAUUGCUUUAACUUCUGGAACUCUUCUUGUGAUACACUGUAUCAAACAGAACAAGGUACUACAAAAUCUGUGCUCUUUAUAAAAUGUAUUUGUCACAAAAGAACUGAAAUUAACUGUAUCAAUGCAACAGGGGGUUACUGGUGGAUAUAAUGGUACGAUAACAUUUUAUAAUAAAGUCUUAAUUUUGCCAAAUGUGCAAUAAUUAAUAGAAGUGUAUUAGAGAGAUGGUUACUUUAUUAUUUGGUUUCCAUAAAUUUUCAUAAUUUAAAAUUUUAAAUCCAUAAAUAAUAUGGUAGGAGAAUGUUUUGAUGGUGUUACAUAGUUAAUGAAGGUGUUGUAUUGUGUAGACUAACUGAAACAAUAAAGAGAUUCCUAUCCAAA